AUGCAGACCAAUGUCCCACAGAUGCCUAUUGAAGCACAGGUAGCAAUUGCUUUAUAUCAUUUUGGCCAUUAUGGCAAUGCAAUCAGCACUCAAUUAGUAGCUCUGUGGGCUGGUGUUGGUUAUGGCACUGUUCACCUCAUCAUGCAGCAUGUUAUGAAGGCCAUCUGUAGUGAUUGCUUUCGCCACUCUGCCCUUUACUGGCCAAUGUCACAUCAGCAAAACACUUUUUUUCCCACCACCAAAAAAUGGCUGGCCACAGCUUGGUCCCUUCUGUACAGAGCUGUACAGAGCCCACAGAGGCAAAGUGAUUUGCUGAUGCAGAUGAGAAAGAGGAGGCAAAGAUAUGGGUGGAGGAGAACUCCUGUCCUGCUUGGCAGGAUGGUUGGGUGA